AUGGACAGACUGACUCUAGAGCCCCCCAAAAAGGUUACAAGCCUCUGCCUAAUUUGCGCAAGCCUGGUCCACGUUGUCUUUCCUGAAAGGAAUGGUUCUUCUAUUAACACUGUCAUCCUGCAAACCUUCAACCUCGCUUCUCACCUGAAAGGCAACAGCUCCGUCCUCCUUGAGACCUACCUCAGACACCAAGGUCGUCCAUUUACAGAUAAAGACUUCCAAGUCCAGGGACUAAGUUAUGAUGGACUGCCAGUGGCUGCCAUUUCUUUCCGGGAAUGGCGAAUCCUCGAUGAUCUUGAACGUCUGGACAAGAACUACAAGGCUUAUACCAUUAUCUUAGAAUUCUUGCAGUUGGUCUGGGAUGAUCAAUUUGAACUCAACCCCACCGAAGAUGGCCUUCUAAAUAUGCUGAAAGAUACCCGGAUGCAAGUCCAGGGCCUUGUUAAUAAUUUGACCAUCAUCAUAUCUGCCUUGAGGGCCACACCGUCACCUGUUACUGACCCUCUCACGUUGGACGUAGUUAAAACCAACACCUUUGAGAAAAAAGUUCGGGGAUACGUGGUGUGUUCCACGUAUAAGCAAUGGAUCGAUCGGACCGUACGAGAUUUUAAUCUUCUUGUGAAGACAUACCCUGUUUAA